GCGGCGUCGAUUUACCCACAACUCCGCAUAAAGCAGGUGGACAGUGUGGUGUGGGCAGGUGGGCAGCCCCGUGGGUAUGCGUGGCAAUCGUGCCAUGGAGUGCGUGCAGGGGACAGCAAUCAGGGAAGGGACAAGGGGCAGGACAGGGUCAGAACACGAACCAGAGACGUUGGUGAGGGGGGGGUUUUAGUGGUUUUCUCAACGUUCAUCUUCUUGCUCCCUCCCACUGUUGCAUCGGUGCUCUUCUUUCGUCUUCAUCUCUGCCCUCACCUCACCCGCCUCACCCAUCACCACCUCCCCAACCAUGGGCCUCAUCAACCGCAUCCAAGCCAAGCUCGAGCUCUUCCGCCUCGAGCAGCGCUACACCAACCGCAAGAACCGCCGCACCGCAUUCAGCUCCGACGCCAUCUACGUCGACGGCGAGUACGUCUACGCCUCCUCCAACACCACCGGCUCCAGCAGCCGCAGCGACCAGAGCAUGGGCAGCGCGGCCACCCGCUCCGCCACCCCCAGCACCGCCUUCGACAGCGCCAGCGCCACCGCCAAGGCCGCGAAGCGUCGAUCCAUGAUGGUGUUCUCGGGCGAGAGCGCGGCGGAUAUAGAGACAAGGGUUGAGGCGGGGAAUGAGAUGGGGGCGCCGCAGAGGAGGUGGAGCAGGAAUUGGGGGAAAAAUAGGGCGGAGGAGAAGAGGAGGAGUAUGGCUGUUGUGAGGGAGGCGAGGUGGGAGGAUGGACAGUGAGAGACGGCUGUAUGUUAGGGUCGGCGAGGAUUAUGCGUUACGCGUUACGACUUAUGAUGAAGGGGGAUUUAUAUCACGAUUUUUUGUAUAUGGUAGCGGUGAAGGCUGGGAUGCCCCUUCUUGGACGCCUCUUGUCCGUUUCUUUCGUAUUUCUUAGGGAUUGGAGUAUUUAUGGGGGAGCCGGCUGAUAGGACUGGGCG